AUGCAGGUAAAGGGAAAUAAAAUUAUCCAGAAAUUAAAUUCUAGGCUCUGGCCAACCAAUAAGGUAGACUUAACAUCUGUAGAACCAGGUUUUCGUGAACAAAUACAAAACCUUCAAUGGUACAACUGUUUGGCAACAACAGAGGCAAACGGAACAGAAAAUGAAUUGAUAAAUGUUUGCCGUUGCUGUUGUUUUCCUUUCCGUCCAAAUCCACAGACAUUUUUAUGUGAACACGUUCCUGGGGCACCGGUUGCUCCAGAACAAGAGAAAGAGGAAGAAUAUUAUUACUCUGCAACUGAUUUUCAUUAA